AUGUCCCGCCGGAAGCAGGCUAAACCGAGAGCACUCAAGCAUGAAGGCGAUGAAGAGACUGCUGGUGAAGGUAUGGCUAGUGCAGUCCUGCAGAAUAAUGGCACGGGUAAAAGCGCGCCUGCUGAUGUGAAAAGUGACAGUAUGCUGGAGGAUAUUACCGAUGAUGAUGAUGAUGGUGAUGUUGAGGGAGAAGGUGAUGAGCAAGAUUUGGAAGAAUCGAGUGACGAUGAACCGGAGCUAGAGGUGAAGCAAACUGCUGCGACCGAAGGCAUCCCUUACGGCAAGGAAGUGAAAAGUGGAAUGUGCGAAUUGGAAGUGAGUCCGUGUGAAGAAACGUCUCGUGCUGAUCCUGCUGUGAUCCGUACUGCAGAAGUAACGACGGAUGAGCUGAAUGCAAAAAGCAAUCACAUUGUGAAACAUUGCCCAGCUACGACGGAAUGUGCUGACGAGCGGAAAGAUGUUGAAUCGGAUCAAAAUAAACUACCGAUCGAUAGUACAUCCGUACGGUUAGGAGGUGAUCGCGCGGAACGACCGUUGGAAAUGGAUGGUGUGGAAGAUAAGAAUGAUGAUGAUAAUGAAGAAAUCGAUGAUGAAGUUGAUGAUAACGAUGACGAUGAGGAGGAUGAUGACGACGAAAUAGACGACGACUUGCUCGAAGAUGACGAGGACGAGGAAGGUGAUCAUGUCCGGCUUGAUGAUGGCGAUGGUGGUCAGGAUGUUGAUGAUGAGUUCACAUCCGACAGCUUUUGCUCAGAGCUUUACUCGUCCCACACAUCGUCCAGCUUUUCGCCCUCGAUUUCGGACGGGAUGACAACGCCCAAUUCGAUCACAAACGAUGCGCCCGAUGGUGCGUUGCUUGCGUUGGGAACGGCCGAUGAAAAACCCUUCCGGCAGCAGGGCAAUAACCAUCCGGCACAUCACAUCCAUCCCCGGCACCAACAUCACGUGCACCAUCGACGAACGGCCGGUGGACAUGCGUCAUCGGCGAAGGAGGGUGGCAAGGCGUCCCUAAAGCAUCAUCAUCAGCUGAAUAAUAAUAACAAUAGCAGCAGCCACAAUCACAACAACAACAACAACAAUGGCAGUAACAGCAAGGGCCUGAACAGCACCUACCACUGUCAGUUCUGCGAGAAGACGUUCCCGCGGCUUGGCUAUCUCAAGAAGCACGAACAGAGCCACACGGAACACAUGCCAUUCAAAUGCGAAUACUGCGCCCGACUGUUUAAGCACAAACGUUCGCGCGAUCGUCACACGAAGCUGCAUACGGGCGAUCGACGCUAUCGCUGUCUGCACUGUGAAGCCGCAUUCUCCCGCAGUGAUCAUCUGAAGAUCCACAUGAAGACGCACGACAACCAGAAACCGUUCCAAUGUACGAUCUGCAAUAGGGGCUACAAUACGGCGGCCGCCCUCACCAGCCACAUGCAGAACCACAAGAAACAGCUUGCCCUCACCGGAAGCCCCAACCUUACGUACAGUCCGCGAUCGACGACAAGCUCUCUCUCCAGUGGAGGAGGUGGCAGUGGUGGUGGUAAGCGGGGAGCAAAGUUCUCACCGUAUGCAAACGAUCCAUUGCUGCUGAUGAGCCGUGGCAGUGCCAAACUAUCGUCCACACUGGCGAAAGCCUCGGCAGGGAAUAUCUCCAGCAAUCGUACUCCAACUCCGGGCAGUACUGGAGCGGGCAGUACUUCCGGCGGGCCGGCCAGUGGAAGUGCUCAUGCGGAUCUGCUAUCCUGCCCGUACUGCACACGAACGGAUUUUAGCACGCUAGAGCAACUCGGACUUCACGUACAGUCCAUGCACGGCCACGGAGCCUUGGGACUGUUAGGUGCUGCCGACUCACCAAUGCCGUACUUCGCACAGGGUAAUCGGCGCGCCGUAACACCGGAUGGAAAUUCACUGUCCCUCGGUGGACUCGGUCCCUAUCCGCCAAUCACAUGCGAGUUCUGCACGAUGAAGUUCCCAACCGUACCGCUAAUGUUUGCCCACCUGAAGACGUCACAUCUGGACCGUCUGGCUGGUGGGCCAGGGCUUCAGCGUAGCUCGCCAAACGGUACUACCGGCAGUCCGUUGGGAGGAUCACGGCCCCCGAGUGGGUUCCAUCCACUAGAACAAUUACACUUCAACAAGAACCUGCUCGGGAAUGCUUUCCCCGCACUGUACGCUGGAAUGGGAGCUGGUUCGUCGACCAACAUCUCCAGUAUGUCCGGGGGCAGUAUUAAAAUGGAACACCGAACAACGGCCAGUGCGAACGGGCGGGAUGAGAAUGGAAACGAACAAAGUGAGCUGGGAAGAAAGCGCAAACGGAAAGGACAUGAUGCGGAUAGGGAGGAUAACCAUGGCGGUAGUAGCCGUAAAAAGGAAACCCAACAAGAGGAUAUUGAAGCUGACGGUAAUAAUGACGGUGAGGAUGGUGCUGAUGGUGAUAACGAACAUUUUGAGGAACGAAACGAAGAUAACGUUAAUCGGGAUAGCCCUGUUGACAUGAAAGAACCACUCAAUAGUCACGAUGCGGAAGCUGCAAACAUUAAACAGGAAAGUAAGGAUGAUACAGAUCCAACAAUGCCCGAAGCCGCAUCGCCAUCCACCUCCACAAGGUCGUCCCCAUGCGAUUCCCUCGGUUCGAUUGUGCACCCCAACAGUCACCCGCCGUCCGGACGAAACAGUCCCGCGGAGCAGCUCACACCGACCGAUCUCAGCCAGCCGAAGAUGAAGCGAUUGAAGCUGGAAACACUGCUGGAGGAUGAAGAAGAAGUGCCCGAACCCGACAAAAAGCUGAUGGUUACCGCCGGUCGGUCCCAUUCGCGGGAGCAUCAUAAACAGCGUCGUCGCGAAGGUGAACCAAAAGAACCACACCCAUCCGCACAGCAUCAGCACAACGCCGUUUCUCAGCUGCACUCGUCUGCUGGCGGUGGUGCGAAUGUGCCCCCACCUUCCCAGUCUGCUGCCAGUUCCAGCGCAGCGCAUCUCGUCCAUCAGCUUCCUGGUGCUUAUCUUUGCAAUCAGUGUAAUGCCGCGUUGCCCGAUUUCGAAUCUUUCCGCACCCAUUUGAAGGCGCAUCUCGAGCAGAGUGCGGCCAGUGCGGCUGCAGCUGCAGCGAUGCGGCUGACCGGUGAGCACACCACCGGUCCAGGAGGAACCAACACCUCCGGCACCACACCCGGUACAUCCGGUGGAUCGCUCUCACUGACCACCUUUCUCUGCCAGCAGUGUGGAGCAACGUUGAGUUGUCAGGCUGAGUACGAGCAGCAUACGAUCGGGCAUUUCUUGGUGAUGGCGGUAGAAUAUAGAUGUCAGGCGGCAGGCGGUGGGGCAACUGCGGGGAGUUCCUGUACCGGAAAGACAUCCUUCGGCAAGGUGGAGGAUCUUCACAAACAUCUUUACGAGAGUCAUAUGCAGCUGCUGUACAAAUGUACGGUUUGUGGUGAAACGUUCGAGUCAAAGGUGCAGGUGCAGGUACACUUCGCCGUCAGUCAUUCGGUGGAGGUGAAACUGUACCGAUGUUCGGCCUGUGCAGAAGUAUUUCGUUCCGAACGCGAUUUUCGACAACACAUACGGAACCGGCACUUAACAGCGGGUGCAGUGCAAUGUAUGUUCUGCCGCAUGGUUUGUUCGUCCGAGCUCGAAAUGCACUUCCAUCUCGCAUCACACGCCAGGAAGUUUAAAUGUCCAGCCUGUCCAGAAUCGUUCCACGUCGAGUUCCUAUUAGACCGCCACAUUCAGACGCAACACAGUCAGAAGGAAGCGGACUCACCGAAUCGUAGAGAGUCCAAUGCACUAUCCACAGCGCCAUCUACCGUACCCUCCGCUACUACUAAUCCUUCGUUAACGGCCUCAACGGCAACGGGUACUGCCGUGUCCACAACAGCCACAUCAGCUGUGGCAGGAUUAGACUACCUGCACCUGCAUGGUCAGAUGGCGGCAAUGGCAGCGGCAGCCGCAUGGCCCAGUCUGUACCAGACCGCCAACAAGUUCUACAGCAAUACGCUUCAGGUGGACACUCUGAACCAACUAAAACAUCCACAGCAUCUUCUGCACGGAUUCUACGACACGAUGCUCGGAAAGGCACACCAACAGCAACAACGUUCGUCCUUUCUGCCAGAUCCUCCAACCGGCUCUGGGACCGCAAUCGGUGGCAAGAAGAAUCCUUUCGCUGGUCACUCACCCAAUACCAGUGCCACUAACGCCCUGCUAGGGCUUGGGUAUGGGGCAACAUCGGCAACAAGUACCGGAGCAUCACAACCACAAAGAACUGCUGGAUCUCAUACGCUUAAUGGUUCUUCUACCACCGGACUCUAUUCCCCCGAGGAGGGAACAAAUGCAGGCACAAAUGUGACCUCGGGUAGUUCUAAGCUUUAUUCUCCCAUUGCCAUGAUUCAACGCUAUGGUGAUGGUGGAGGUUUACAUUCUACCGGUGCCACAGCCAGUACCGGUGUCCGACCAGGUGUAGAAUCACCAACCGGUCAACUAUUGCUGGCAUCUCACACCACACUCGGACUGCCGGAUCAUCAUCAUAACGAACAGACGGGCAGGAAACCGAACCAACAACCGAGUGGAAAGCCGUCUUCAGCGUUGGCCGCUUCCGGUACACCACAAAUGGCCAGUACUGGUGCGGGAAGCUGUUACAGCUGCGGCAUCUGUGAGCGUUCCGAUUUCAGCACGGAAAGUGAGGUGCAGACACAUCGCAAAAUUGUUCACAACUUAAAGACGGGCGUUAGUUUGCGCUGUGCGUACUGCAAUGGAGAUUUCCGUUCGAGGAAUGAACUGGAAAAUCAUAUGAAGGUCGCGCACAAUACGGGCGGCGGCAAGCACAAGUGUUUGAUCUGUGACGAAAUCUUUCCCUCACCGGCGGUGCUAGCUGAGCAUAAGCUGUCGCACUGUAAGGUGGGCGCGUCCGGGCGCUGUUCACACUGCAGUCUCCCAUUGCCCGAUGCACACACCUUCAAGCAGCAUCUACAGGCACAUCAGCAAUCGUUGGGAGCACCGGUGACGAGCGGUACAUCGUCGAAUGCAGCAACCGGAGGAGCAGGAGUGCAGUGUACGGGUAGUUCCUCCGGUGGUCAAAAUGUUGGAAGUUCUGCAUCCUCAACAGGUGGCAAUGCAAACGCAAACGCAGGAAGCUCAAAUGCCGAACAGGAACGAUUCCCUCAACAGUGUAUCUGCUGUCGGCAAACGCUCAACUCCGAGUUUGAGAUUAGUCUACAUGCCAAAUUCCACACCAAAUCUCCGGACACAAACGAGCGUACGUGUGCACUAUGCUUGGAACCGCUACCAUCACAACCCGAAUCCAGUACCAAAAUUUGUGAUCCUUGUCUGAAACGUCACAACUUCCCUUCGAAGCUUCUCUCGAUGAACUUCCUUAAGCCUAGCGCAUCCACGUCCCUUGGGCCAGCUCCUACCAUCGCAGGUCCUACGCAUAGCCUCGUCGGCCCAUCAAACGCUCCUAUCGAAGGGCGGACACCAGCUUCCAGUGGCAUCCAGCACGAACAGCAACCAACGCCAGGCAGAGAAGGCGCAUCAUCCUCCUCGCUGUACCAGUGUAAUCUCUGCAAGAAACCGCUUCCUUCCAGCCAAAAGCUUCAGGAACAUCUGAUCGAUCACACAUUCGCUGGCUGUGAAGAGCGGGGCUAUGUUUGCUACCUUUGCUCUGCCGUUUUCACCUCCUCCGCAGGCUUACAGGCUCAUCUGCCAGUGGCACAUUCGAACGCGGCCGCCAAACCGUACGACUGCGAACGUUGUGGUGCAGCGUACUUCUUCCGAGCCGAACUAGAGCAUCACCUGAUCGAUCAUGAGCUGGGCAGGACGAUGCGAUCGGCCGCAGGUUCAUUCGCGCAACCGUCCUCAGCGCGAGCGGGAGAUGAUGAGUGGCGUUCCGCACCAGAUUCACCAAUGUCGGAAGAUGAUGGAUUGAGGGAGUCACAGAACGAUCACAUCAAGGAGGAACUUUGCGAACCGGAGCAGGAUCAGGCUGGAUCGUCGCCGUAUCGUCAUAAGGAUGAUGAUUCUGAGGAUGAAAAUGAAGAACCCGCUGGCAAUGAAGAAGAUGAAGGAGAUGAUGCAGUGAAUGCGGAACCACAAAUAGAUGAGGAGGUUGAGGAAGAGGAUCGCAUGGAGGAUAACGAUGCUGGUGGUCAGCAGAUGAAGCAGAAUGCCGGUGAACAUGUUUACCAAGAGAACGACGUUCUUGAGGAUGUAGUAGGCGCUGAAGAAUCUAACGAUGCAACCGAUGUUGGUGAACAGAUGGAGGAGAGGGAUCAGCAAGAGCAACAGGAGCAAGAAGAGGACGAGGAGUACAUUGAGGUUGAUGAGCACACGAUGACGAUGGAUGAUGGCGGUGGCAAGGCAACGCAUAACGAGCGUCUUCGCCGAACAUCGAACAUGUUGCUCAAUGGUGGAAAGGAUUGUGCUACGCUCUCCGCAACGACCACUCCGACCCUUCCAGUUGUUACUGCGGCCGAGUAAGGAUGCAAACACCCUGUAGAAAUGUUCCAUCCGGUUAUCGAUAGCAAAUAGGAAUGAACAGUAGCACUAGGUAAAAGGAGCAAUUUUAAAGCUAAACCGAAACUAGAACGCGAUAGUCAAACGCACAAACACCAGAUACGCCAACACACACCACACGAACGAUUUCGUCCUUUUUGUAGAGUGAAUGAACAGAAAUGUGUAACCAUUUUAAUGUGUAAGUUGUAAGCCAUUAAGAAAAUGGGAUGGCAAUGAGUUACAAAGUUAAACAGGCGAAGGAACAUUUCAUUUGUACAUUGUGGAAGCUUUGUGCUAGUAGCUUAACAAUCAUCGGUUAGGAUCAUCCACCCUUCUGUGGAAAUUAACUAAAUCCUCCUUCCUUCCUUUCUAGAGCGACAACGUUCCACACACUCGUUCGUAUAAUCAUAUCAAAACAACAAACACACCAAGACGCUUUUAGUGAAAAUGUAGUACCAGUGUUUUGUAUAUUUAUUAUUUCGCACGUAUGUACACGCACAGGAUUUAUUAAUGAUCAAUAAAGAAAGUA